AUGAAUGCCGCAGCUAUGAAUAAUCCAACGCCCCAGCGAAUGCCCCUUUUGGAAAUUGCCUGCUUCAAUUCCGAUGCCGCCUUUCUCGCUGCCGCUGCCGGGGCUGAUCGCAUCGAACUAUGCAAGAACUAUUCUUUGGGUGGGCUUACUCCAGACCUGUCGACGCUGGUAAUGUUGAAGUCACAGCUUCAGAUCCCGGUGUAUGUGAUGAUUCGGCCGACGGCCGACACCUUUAGUUAUGAUUCUGCAGAUUUCGAGCAAAUGGGUCACGAGAUCGACAUGUUCAGCCAUCAUGGAGCGGAUGGCUUUGUGUUUGGUAUCUUGCACCAUCCCUCCGAGAACAGCCGGUCGCUUGUUGACGUCGCCCGAAAUACGGCGUUGGUUCAACGAGCCAAGGGCCGGCCCUGUACCUUCCACCGGGCCUUCGAUCUGCUCCCUGAAUCGCAGUGGGACGCUGCUCUCCGUGAUAUCAGAGACUGUGGCUUUUCGGCUAUCCUGACCAAUGGAGGACCCACGGGGAACGUGGCAGUGGAGUGCGUCAACAAACUAGCCACCCUGGUGCAUUGGACGGAGCUGCAUGGGGAUGUAGAUGAAAGUGGUCGCCGUUUUCCAGAAAUCAUCGUUGGAGGGGGUGUUCGGGCGUCUAAUAUUGGACUCCUGCGAGGUCGAACUCGGGCUGGGGCUUUUCAUUCGGCUGCGCUGGGACAUGGCGAUAUUGUUUCAGCGGAGGAAGUGCUCAAAAUAAGAGAAGUUUUGAGAGAACGAGGCGCACUAUAUGAGUAG